UAGAUUUUGGACGGAAGGGCUUUUUGUUCAAUUUUACAAGUUCAAGAGUCGAUUUGUACCAAAAUUAAAUUUAAAGGCUGUCUUGUACUCUCUGAAAAAGUUCAGGGGUUUGUUUUUACCUUCUACCAAUUAUGACUUUAAGUCGGGUAGAGUUGAAGAGUCGGAUAAAAAUUGCCUCCUUGUAGCCAAAACCUUGGUUACACAGAUUACUGUGAAGAGUGAACAAAGAUUAGGGUUUAUGAGAAAAAACAGGUUAGGGUUUGUCUAUCAGCUGCAUUAUUGAAUCAAGAAUUGUGCUAAAGCUUAAUCGAUAACGUUAGAAAUGGCAGAAGAUGUUUCGGUCAAGCAAUCGGCUGCAAAUAAUCAAUGCUGUCAAGUGUGGAGGGAGAAAUGUUCGAGGCUGGAAGCUGGACGGAAACAUUUACGACAAGCUGUGCAAAUUCUUAAUGAACAAGCUGAUAAGAUUCAAGCUGAGAAUCUCGCUUUGAAGAAAGCUCAUGAGGAAGAACAGGUGCAAGCAGCAACUGUGAAAGAGAAAGACUUGGCAGCUAGAGUUACUUUAGAGAAUGAGGUUUCUGCUUUGAAGUUAGAACUAUCUUCUUUAAAACAGGUAGGCAGUGCAGAUGUCGAAGAUGAAAAUAAGAAAUUGAAGCUUCUGAAGGAUAAUAUUUCUAAAGCAGAAAAGGAAAUUGUGCGGCUUAAAGCACUUCUUGAGAAGGAGAAAACAAGGGCUGAUUCUGAAAAGAAGAGUGCUGAGGCAGAAGAAAAAAGUGCUUCUGAAGCGCUGAAACUUAUGAAACCUGAAAAGGUUAAGGCUGAUGAAGAGAGGAAGCUUGCUUUUAUUCGAGAGAAGAAGGCUGAAGAAUAUCGUUUUCAGUUGGAGGCAUUUAGGAAAGAAGCUGAGGAAGCCAAGUCAAAGUUGGUUUUUGAGACGAAUAAGUUUGAGGAGGCAGUCAAACAGAUAGAAGCAGAAAAGCAUAAAGUGACCAAAGAGAGCAAAAGUGCUGAUUCAGAGAUGGUUAAAGCAGAGGAGCAAAGGAGGCUCGUGGAAGCAAAUGAGAAGAAAUUCAUGGAAGUAAAAAGUCGUGCUGAUAAUCUUUCUCAGAAGCUGGAGGAUGCUAGACAAAAGAUUGAGGAAUUACAGAAGGAUAAAAUUAACAUUAUGUCCUCCAGAAAUUUGAAUUCUGAAUAUACAUGUGAUCAAAGUAAGGCUCCCACAAUGAAUACAAAAAUCUCAUUCGUACCACAAAAAGAAAGUUUAGAUAUCCAAGAAAAAAUGAGGGAGGGAAAGCUUUUCCAAGAUUCUAUUUCUGAAGGGGAAAAACAGAUCAGUCAUCUCAAAGUGCUUCUUGAAAAAGAGAAAGAAAAGGCAGAUUGUAUGAAGAAGAAUGCUGAAGAAGAGAAGAAGAGUGCCAAUGAAGCAUGGCAAUGUGUGAAAUUGGAAAAGGAGAAAGUUGAUGAAGAAAAGAAGAAUGCUGAUAUUGAACGGAAGAAGGCUAAGAACUAUUGGAUUCAGUUGGGGGCCUUGAGGAAAGAGGGUAAUGAAACAAAAGUAAAGUUGAAGUCUGAGAUACUACAGCUUGAAAAGACAAUUAAAGAGUUAGAAAGAGAAAAACAUAAGAUACAUGAGGAAGAAAUGAAAAGAUUUGAGGAUAGAAAACAGAAGGCAAUAUUAGAGAAAAAAGCUUCAGAAAUAAGAAUGGUAGAAGCAGAACAGAAAAAAAAGCUUGUGGAAGAAAACAGGAAGAUGGCAAUGGAAGAAAAAUCUCGUGCUGAUCAGCUGUCUUGUCAGCUUGAGGAAAGCAGACAUAAAGUUGAGGAGCUGCAGAAGCAUAUAAUUUAUCUAGGUCAUAGAGCAUAUAAUUGCUCUUACUGCAUUUUAUGCUUCCUGGUGUUUCGAUGCACUCUACAGGCAGAAAACAUGAGAAGUUCAAAGUUGAAGAGUAAAUUCUCUGAUUUAGAACCAUUUCCAAUGUAUGCUCAACCUGAAAAAAAACUUGUAAAGUCUAGCUGCAUGCCUAUGGCUGCCUCUGACCCUAUCAGGGAAAGUACUGUUCUGCAACUCCCUUUAUCUGGAGGGAGUUGUAAUGCAUCUAUUUCAGGUAUUGAUUCUAAAUUGGAGCCUCUGCUUGUAGGCUCUUCUGCAAUGAAUUCCAGUAUAGUAUCAUUUUCUGAUGGUCAGUUGUCCGGCUCACAGGAAAAGGGUGCUUUUGUUUCCAUCACAUCAGAGAAAUGGGUACAGGAAAAUGAUGGACAAACAACUUCUUGCGUGUCUGGUGAAGUGACCAGAAUACAGGGCAAUGAAAAUCUUGCUGUAGCGGCUGAAAAUAGUGUUAGAAGUCCUCAAAGAAUUUAUGCCCUUGGGAAAAUUAACGGACAUGCCAGAAAGUUUAAUGGUGCUCUUGACGCAGUUCAAUCUGUUAAAAUUUUAUGUUCAGAGGGUAAGAAGUUGCAGAUGCAGAUGGAAGAAAAACUUUAUCUCUUGCAUGGUAUGUUAAACAAGGAAAAAAACAAACUGGUAGAAGAAUCAAAAUAUGCGGAAGCAUGUGUGCAAGGUGAUGUAUAUAACAAAUUUGAGGAGGGUCACGAGACGCUGAAGGGUUUUUGUGAUAAAAGGGCAAGAACACAACAAUUAUUCACCAUUAAUGAGCUGGAGAAUACUACACAAUUGGAAAAUCAUAUCAAUGGUGAUUUAAAUGUGCGCAGACUUGGCUCAUCUCCUACCAUAUCUUCCUUGGGCAUCCCACAGGAAUCCCUCAAGGGAUUAAAGGAUUCUUGGGGAAGUGAUGUUGAAAUUAUGAAAAGGGUUGAGGAUGUAGAAAAUGGGGAUUAUAUGAAAUUGCUAGACUUGGAUAAUAUUGCAGAUGAGGAAUGUUACAGAAGAGCAGUGGAAAUGCCUUUGUCCCCUACUCUUCCUGAGUUAGAAAUUUGUAUUGAGUUUGAUAUUAGUAAGUCAAAAGUAGUCAGUAGCUUCAAUGGAAGAAUAUCCAAUGAGAAGGAAGUUGUGGUUCCUUCUUACAGUUAUGAUUUUGGAAUCAUUUCCAACAACUUGGGAUGCAAUGCCUCAGGAACUGCCUGUAUUGAACUACUACAUGGAGACGAAGGAUUUGUUGACUCACUUGAUGCAGGAAUUUCUGACAGACAGACUAGGGAUUCUGGAGUCGUUGAGACGCUAAUCACACCAUGUUCUAGUAUUGAAGGCCUGAAGUCCUUAAACAUUAAAUCUGGAAACAAACUUUGCUGUGCACAGGACAAUAUUCCUGCAUUUUGCGUGGUGUUUUCUAAUGUUACUGACUGUAAGACUGUUUCUAGAAUUUUUUCUGCCACAAGAACUUGUUGGAUCCGCUGCUCUUUGGAUACUGAAAGAGAAUGCACGGUGCAAAAGAUCUUGCAUACUCUUAAAAUGGAAGAGAAACUUUUACUCAAGGAGAAGGCAUGUGCUUUCUUUACAUUGUUGCUGCUAAAUUUUUCUUGGUGUACUUCGUUGAGAUCUGAAAGUUUUGCAGAUAAGGAUUUUUUCCUUUGCCUAGAUUCCUAUGGUUGCCAAUUUAAUGAAGUGGUGUCUGAUGUUGAGGCAAGAAGUUUGUUGGCACAGUUGUGUUCUUGGGAUGAAGUGGUUGGUCUCAUUGAAGAUUUUCUUGUUAAUGGAAGAUUGAUGGUGCACUCUAAUGCAUCUUCUGAAACAUUGAGUGGAUGUGAUUUAAGGAUGAAUAUCUGCAUAGAUGGCAUGUAUAUUAAUUUAUCCUCCAAACCAGCUUCAGCUGACCAAUUGGUGGCAGGGAGCACCAUUUUAGCAUCAGUAUGUGCAGCAACAGACCACAUUGAGUUUCUUUGUGAGGCUUCUUACAAUCUAUUGCGGAGUUGUAAAUAUGAUGCUGUUGUUUUAUUAACCAUCCUUCAUAUUUUUUCUUACCUGGCCGGUGAUAAGUUUUUCUCAUCGAAGGAGCACAGUUUGAUAAUGACUGUGUUGAAAUCAAUAGUAGUUCUUCUUGAGGGGGAGAAUUCAUAUGAUGCUUCAGCUUCUUGCCUUUCACCUUCUCAUAAGGUUAGAAGUAAGCUCCACCUCUUCGCUAAAUGUCCCUUUGGUGCAGAGUCGGUGGAUACAGUUAUAACAUUGCUCUUGGAAAAGCUUCAUAGUUAUGCUCUUCCAGUAACCACACAUCAACAUCUGAUGGAAUCAGUUAGUUUAUCAAAUUCCCAUGUCGUCCCUCAUGAGGAUAAUGCUAGUCAGAGUUCAAGUCAUGAACAAAUAUUUGGUGCACAUGGUGUGAACUCUGAUGGUUUAGAUAAGUGCGCAGCAUCUUCUAGUCAUGCAAGCUCUGCCUGUAGUGAAACUUCAUUUGAUCUCAGUGAUGUCCUGUCGUUGGUGGAACUGGUUGCUGGCUACAUGAGCUGGGAGUGGAUAUGUGGCAAUGUUAUACCGGUGUUACUGGAAUUUCUAGGAAGACCGUUAUUAGAAGACUCUGUUGUUGCUGUGGUUCUUCUUAUAGGUCAGAUUGGGAGGCUUGGAGUUGCUAGUCGUGGUUGCAAGGACAAGGAAGUUGAGAUUUUUAAAUCUAAAUUAUGUGGUUUCCUUUGGCGCAAUAACACUAUGACAUCAUCUCUUCCCGUUCAAAUUGCUACUAUCACUUCUUUACUGGGGCUUCUGUGUCUUGACUUUGACGACGCAGUCAACAGUACUUUGGAUCUUCCAGAAUUUGCAAGUCAAUUUGUGUAUGUUGUUGAUCUUAUAAGAAAGUGGUUCUUGGUUCUGAGUAAGGAGCAACAAACCUUGGCAUGUAGUCUCUUACAGUCUACUGCUGUAACUUCAAGCUGAACCAGACCAUGUUUUUUUGAUCUUUAGCUAGAUAUUCACAUCAGCCGGAAGUUAUUAUAGAGUGAAUCAGGAACCAACUGUUUGGAGUUUUCCAAUUGAUGGAUUUUCUGCUAUCGGAGUAGGGAGAUUAAGAGCAACUAGAGGGCAAUUUUGAGAUAAGCUCUCGUAUCAUUGCUCAACUUGUAAAUUUUUUCUAUCAUUACACAAUUUUGUAAACUUUUUCCAUCGUCUUUUGUAGUUAUCUUUUCAACCUAACAUAUGCAUCAAUUAGUAUAUCAACUAAUUUCUGAA